GCAGGUUUUGCAGGGAAACGAGACCUGAAGAGUGGGGCCGUUUCGCGCGCCCCCCCCCCCCAGGGAUGUCAAGGCCCCUGGGCCCAACCUGCACCCCUGUGGCUGAGGCGUUGACCUGCAGCCGCCCCUCCGUCGCUGUGGCGGGGCGUCUCCGUUUGCCGAGAUGGCGGCGGCGGCGUGUCUGCAACCUCCACUGGGUGUCCAGCUUGCCAUGGCCCCGGAGUCGCAGCCCCAAGCGGGGUGGGGGGGGCUGUGUAGGUCCCAGCACCCACACAAGAUGCAGUGCCACACCCCAAAUGGUGAAGCAGUUCAUGGCGCUGCUUAAGAAGAAGAGCUCCAAGAGCCGUCCCCUGUCCACACUGCUGGACGAAGCAGGAAGGCUCUGCCAGACUCUCCAGGACUGCCCGGCCAGGAUGGAGAAGCUGGAGAAGGCCAUGGCACAGAGCAGGCACUGGGAAGAUCUCCUGACCAGUAUCCACGUCGUCCAGGCUUGUGUGCGUCUCUAUAUGGGCAGGAGUCAGUACAGCACUGCCUGCGAACUUCUGAAGAGCUGCAGAGCGACAGAGAGGGAGCAGCUGGUGGAGCUUUGGAACGAGAUCCACUAUCGGAAAAUGAUGGAGGAAUGGCACAGACCAUCCUUGACAGCUGUCCAGAGAUUCCGGUGUAGGAAAAGGAAUCCACCACCAGCCUCCCUCUGUCCAGAGGGAGUGAAGAGCAGGAUCUAUCCCAGGGCAUUGCGGCAGAAGCUGCAGAGUUUUGCCACAGAGGUGACGAGCAACCCAAGCCGGAAGCAGAGGGACGACUUGGCUCGGGAGUUCAACCUGCUGCCCCAACACGUCUAUAACUGGUUUGCCAAUUACCGCCGUCGGCGGAAACCCGGGCCCAGCCAACCGGAUGAGCCCGUCGGCAGAUUCGGCCUCGAGGAGUCAGCCUGCCGAAAGAACCCUGCAGACCAGAAGACGGCAGGAGGACUUCAUGAAGAUGCUGGUGUGGAGCAGAUGGAGGAGCCCCUUGGAACUUGCCCUCCAGCCCAGGAGCAGGCAGACAGCACUCAGGACUGCUCCAGCAACCGGGCCUUCUUGGUGCUACAGAGCAGCGCCUUGCAAGGAGAACAGUCGGAAGACUUGGAGAUGGGCGUGGAAUUCCCCAGCCUGACCAGAACUGCAGACCUGACUCUGCUCUACCUGCCGACGGAGCCCGACUCUGGGACGAGCCGGAGCCCCGACCCUGCGGAGCCCAGACGGGAGCAGGCCGACCCCACCGCCAUUCUCUGGGUGCAGAGCCCCCUCACGGGCCCCGGCCGUGGCUGCCCCACAUGGCCAGCUGCCAGAAGGGCCCCCGGCGCCGUGGACAGGGCGGUGCAGUGCUCACUCGGGAGCCUGGAUGCGUCCGUUCCGCUCUGCCUGUGCUUGGCAAACCUCGCUGCUGCCCGAUGCUUCCCGUGCCUUCUCCAGAGGAACGCCCGAGCUCCACACGCGAGCAGGCGCCCCCCGGGGAUUCCGUGAAUGACCCCUUGGCCGUCGAAACCCUCUGGGCCGCCUGGCUGUUGUGCCAGUUCUCCACCAGCAGCCCGAUGUGACCUUCCCUUCGUCUCUCUGGGCUCCUCCACUGCUUCCAAACCAGAGGCCAACUUGACUCCAUGGCCACUGUGGAUCCAUGGCCACUGCGGUGAGGCCUGGGGCUCUUGUUCCUGGUGGCGGCCGUGCCUCUCCUCUGGCGUCCCUCAAGAAGGCGUCGGGUCAAAGGGAGGAGGGCCCCAAAUACCCGCCGUCUCCGACCCUCCUCGUUGCCAACUUGUUUCAGUUGCCUGUUUCUCCGUUUGUAAGGCCCCCCCCCCAGCUGUGGGGUGCUGAGACCCACAGUGGGAGACCCGCCGUGAGUCUGCCCCAGGUUUAUAGGCCAUAAUCACGUUACAUUAAAUUGAUCUGGGGAGAGGCCGGCUCGUUACCCCACAAAAAGCACCUCUCCAAAGCUUGGGUGGGGCUGGUCACUCUGAACUGUUGAUCGAUUGCCCUUGGGGUGCUGGGUCCCAUCUGGAUUGGGGUGUGUGCUCAUGGGAGGAGAGCCGUGCCAGCCGCACUUUCAGUCCGGAUCACUUUCCACAACCGUUUCCCAAAUCUGCUCCCUCUCCUUUUGCUGCAGCACUUUUUGCUGGAAGCCACGUUCUGUGGAUUUGACAGGAGAAACGGCAUGUCUUUCUAGAGAGGUUGAAUGAAGGCCCCCCCCCCGCAAGGUUCUUAUGCAACUUUUAGGGCACCUACAUAAAACUCCUUACCUUUUAGUCAGAUUCCAGACCACCAGGCGGCCUCCCCUGUGCAAGUUUUUGCAGAACUGUUUCUCUGCCAAAUUUAUGUCCACACACUAACUUUUAUCAUUAUAAAAGAAAGAAUUGCAAUUAAAGUUUGGUUUCCAGAUUUA